AAAUAAAAUAAAGAAAAAAUAAAAAAAAAAUUUAAAAAAUAAAUAAAAUAAAAAUCAAAUAAAUAAAAAAAUCAUAAAACCAAAAUAAAUGAGAUUUAAAGUUAAAAAAAACGAUAUUCUGAAGCACGAAGAAAUAUCAACUGAUUUAUCUUGGACUGUUUAAAACGAAGUUUACAGUAUUGCUGAUGAUAACAUAAUAUAUAAAUGGGAUUGUAAUACACUUUAAAAUGAAAAAUUUUUAACAUUAGAAAAUUAUCCAACAUGCCUUGAUUGGAUGCCAGCAGCAAAUAAAGGUGUAAAUGAAAUUUUAGCAUUAGGUUUUUCUGACGGAAGUUUCAUGUUGAUAACCCGUACUGGAAAAAUCGAUUAACAUAUAAAAGAUGCUCAUAAAAAUGCAGCUCUAAUAACAUUAAAAUGGAGUCAUGAUGGUAGCUAUUUAGCUACAGGAGGUGAAGACGGUUCAAUAAAAACAUGGAGUAAAACUGGUAAUAUUAGAAGUAAUUUAGUCUAAUUUGAUAAGCCUAUAUAUAGUUUAUGUUGGAAUCCCGAUAAUAAUACAAUACUAUAUUCUUCGGAAAAAAAUAUUUUCGUAAAACCUCUACAAGCUGGUUAAAAAACAGUUUAAUGGAAAGCCCAUGAUGGUGUAGUCAUUAAAACUGACUGGAACCCUUGUAAUAACUAAAUAGUGAGUGCUGGAGAAGAUUGUAAAUAUAAAAUAUGGGAUAGUUAUGGAAGAUGCCUAUACAGCUCAGCACCUUAUGACUAUGUUAUUACUUCUAUUGCAUGGGCACCUAAUGGAGAAUUCUUCGCAGUAGGAGCUUAUGGAAUGCUUAAAUUAUGUGAUAAAACAGGAUGGACUUAUUCUUUUGAUAAAGUUGAUGUAGGAUCUGUUAUGUAAAUUAGAUGGUCAGCAGACAGUACUAUAUGUGCUGGAAGUUGCGGGUCUGGACAUGUAAUAUUUGGAUAAGUAGUAGAAAGAAGUUUAGUUUAUUAAAAUUUUGAAGUAAAUUUAAUAGAAGAUAAUAAAAUAACAGUAAAUGAUUUAAUAAAUGAAAUGCACGAAGAGUUAGAUUUUAAAGAAAGAGUUAUUAAUAUGAGUAUGGCUUAUGGAAAUUUAAUUGUUACUACACAUUCUUAAUGUUAUAUUUAUGCAUUUACAAAUUGGAAUACUCCUUAAAUUUUUGAUAUAAAAGAAGCUGUAAGUUUAAUAAUUUAAUCGCCUCGUUAUUUUUGCCUAGUAUAAGCAAUAUAAGGUAUUGUAAUUUACAGUUAUGAAGGUAGAAAAAUAUCAAACCCUAAAAUCCCUGGAAUUAAAUUCGAAUUAUUAAAUUCUUCGAAAAUAUCUUUAAGUUAAGAUGUUUUUGCUAUUGUAGACGGUGCAAAUCCUAAAAUAAUAAGAUUCUAUGAUAUUUUAAGUGGAAACCAAAUGAAUUUUAUGUUAGAUCAUUCUUUGGAAGUUUUAGAAAUUCAUUUAAAUAAUACUGAUUAAGCUUCAGAUAGAAAGAUUGCUUUCAUGGAUAUUAAUCAUGAUUUUUAUUUAUCACCGGUUCAUAAAAGAGAUGUAACAAAACUAGCUGCUAUGACCGAUAGUUUUUUGUGGAAUGAUAAACACGACAUUUUAUCUUGUAUAGCAGACGGUCGUUUAUAAACUUGGUAUUAUCCUAACGCAAUUUAUGUAGAUAAAGAUUUAAUGAGCCUCUGUAAAUACACUAAGGAAUCUUCUGAUAUAGGCCGAAUAAGCUAAAUGAUUAAUUUUAGUGGAUCUUAAGUUACUUUGAGGAGAAAAGAUGGAGGUUUAAUUACUUUAAAUGUAUCCCCUUAUCCAAGUAUUUUGUUUGAUUUUUGUGAAAAAAAUAAGUGGGAAAAAGCUAUUAAAUUAUGUAGGUUUGUUAAAGAAUAAUCUCUUUGGGCUUGCUUAGCAGCUGUAUCUUUACAUUCUAGAGAAUUGAAUACAGCUGAAAUCGCACUUGCAUCUAUAGAGGCGGCUGACAAAGUUAAAUAUAUUGAAUAUAUUAAUGAAUUACCUUCUGAAAUUUCAAAAUAAGCUGCAUUAUCUGUCUAUUUUCAUAAAAAUACUGAAGCAGAAUAAUCUUUAUUAAAAAAUAAAUUAUUUUAUAGAGCAAUAAAAUUAAAUAUUAAACUUUAUAAAUGGGAAAGAGCUUUAGAAUUAGCUGUUUAAAAUAAUGUAUAUGUAGAUAUGGUUAUUGGGUAUAGAAAAAAAUAUUUAGAAUAAGUUAAAAAAGAAGAAACAUUAAAAAAAUUUUAAUAAUAUUAAGAUAAAGUAGAAAUUAAUUGGUAAUAAAUAAAAGAAAAAAUUAAAUAAGAAAAAGAAAAAGAAAAAGUUACUAAAUUUAAAUGAUUUAUAUAAAUAUAAAAAACUAUUAAAAUAAAUAUAUUUUGUUAAAAUAUUUAUUUAUUUUAUUAAUAUUUAAUAUUAUUUUAUUUAUGAAAUAUUUUUA